AUGUCAGCCGUUGAAGGCACAAUUAUCACAAGUGCGCUGCCGACCAUUGCCGCUGAUCUGGGUGGCGGUGAUGCCUACAUCUGGGUUCCUAAUGCCUUCCUCCUUGCGCAGGUUGCUGUGCUACCGCUAUUCGGUCAGGCCAGUAAUGUUUUCGGCCGUCGACUGCUGUUGCUCGGCGCUGUCGCACUCUUCACCCUCGGCAGCGGUCUCAGCGGUGCAGCAACUAACAUGAGAAUGCUCAUUGCUGCUCGAACCGUGCAGGGCUUAGGCGGUGGUGGCAUCAACCUGCUCAUCGAGACGAUCGUGACAGAUAUUGUUGCGCUGCGAGAGCGUGGCAAGUGGAUGGCUAUUGUACAGCUAGGAGCCACCAUUGGUGCUACUCUAGGUCCCUUCUUGGGUGGCUUGAUCACCGAUCGUUCAACAUGGUUCACUUUUGCGGCUCUCUUCCUAUUCCUCCGCGUCAACUACGAGCGAAACAUUAGCUGGUCAUCUCGGUUCAAACGUGUCGAUUUCUACGGCAAUGCCAUCUUUGUUGCCGCAAUCGCCGCUGUGCUCAUUGCUCUUACCUGGGGAGGCACUGUAUAUGGCUGGGGAACAUUUCACAUUUUGGUACCCCUUUGCCUGGGAUUUUUCGGAGUGCUUUUGUUCACUGCUUUUGAAUGGACACCACGACUCUGUCCGGAGCCAUCCUUCCCUAGACAAAUCGUGUCGAAUCGCACCUCGGCGGCUGCUUUGGGUCUCACUUUUCUCCAUGCCAUACUCGCGUACUGGACGUACUACUUCUUGCCGAUUUAUUUUCAGGCUGUAAAGGGCCAGUCUCCCAUGCGAUCCGGCGUUAGCACUCUGCCCACCUUCGCUGGCGGGCUGGGAUUCGCUGUACUGGGAGGUGUUCUCCUAUCUGUGGUGGGUAAAUACAAGCCACUCCAACUGGCGGGCUUUGCCGCGGUUACAGUCUCCUUUGGCCUCUUCAGCCUGCUGGACGCAAAGUCGAGCGACGCCGCCUGGGUAUGCUUCCAGCUAAUUUCGGUCAUUGGCGGCGGCGGGCUCGUCGGCAUCCUGCUGCCAGCUGUCCAGGCCCCCUUGGACGAAAGUCUGGUUGCGACGGCCACUGGAGUGUGGAGCUUCGCUCGCUACUUUGGUUGCAUCUGGGGCGUUACGAUCCCGGCUGCGAUCUUCAAUAACGAGUCUCGUCGCAUUGGGCAGUCAAUCACCAAUGUUGAGAUUGCCAGCAUCAUGACAGGUGAUCGCGCCUAUCAACACGCGACAGCCGCUUUCCUGAACAGUAUCGAUGACGAUGCCGUGCGGCAGCAGGUCAUCAGUGUGUUCACUGGGGCGCUGCAAAAGGAGAUUGAUCUCCGCACCCAGCUGAACACCGAGUUCGGCAUUGAGGACGAGAAGAAGAAAGACUUGGAGAAUGACACUAGUGAUGCUGCGCCAGCUGCUGCAGUUGAGAUUGGAGUAGCUUCAGUGGUCGCGCAGGGAGGAGCCAGACAAGAUCUGGCCUAA